UAGCGACCAAUAAAGGGGGGAUCACCUGUCUCCUCCGCUCUCCGGGCAGGCAGCGCAGCACCGGCGGUCCCGGCAGUUGUAGUGUGAGGCCUGGCGCUCCGUGACAUGCCAGCAUCCGCUGCUGGGCACUGCUAGCACCCUCCGUGCCAAUGGGCAAUCUCCUGAAUGGGGUCAGCUUCAAAGAGCCCACCAGUGUGGAGGAGUGCGACUCUACGUGGGACUCGGACUCCGGGGGAGAAGACCUGCUGGGAGAGGAUGAGGAGGAAGCGGAGGGGGAAGACCAGACGCGCUGUGGCGGGGAGGACCAGCCCGGUGCUGAGGUGACGGCGGGCGACUGCACGGACCCCUCCAGCCAGAGUGACGGCACCGCCACUGAACUGAACAUCAAACCAAAGAGAAGCUUUUAUGCAGCAAGAGAUUUGUACAAGUAUCGACACCAAUAUCCACAGAAUCUUAAGGAUCUUCGCUGUCAAAAUGACUUGAGCAAUCUCAGGUUUUAUAUGAACAAGAUCCCGUUUAAGCCUGAUGGUGUGUCUAUUGAAGACAUUUUAAAUAAAUGGAAAGGCGACUAUGACAAGUUGGAACAUAAUCACACUUAUAUACAGUGGCUUUUCCCUCUUCGAGAGCAAGGCUUAAAUUUUUAUGCUAAGGAGCUAACUUCAUUUGAAAUUGAGGAGUUUAAAAAAACGAAAGAAGCUACUAAAAGAUUCCUCCUGGCAUACAAAAUUAUGCUGGAUUUUUUUGGGUUAAAACUUGCAGACAAGAGUGGAAAUGUUUCACGGGCUGCAAACUGGCAAGACAGAUUCCAGCACUUAAAUGAAUCUCAGCAUAACUAUUUAAGAAUUACCCGCAUAUUGAAAAGUCUUGGGGAACUUGGAUAUGAGAAUUUUAAGUCUCCUUUAGUGAAGGCUUUUCUUGAAGAGUCUGUUGUUGAGAACACUAUCCCAAACAUGAAGCAAAGUGCAUUAGAGUAUUUUGUGUACACUAUCAAGGAUAGAAGGGAAAGAAGAAAACUGUUACGUUUUGCUUCUCAUCAUUACCAACCCCCAGAGCACUUUAUUUGGGGGCCACCGAAGAAGUUUAAGUCUGGACAAAACAAAGUUCUAAAAAAGACUUGUUUAAGUAGAUCUUUGAAGAAAAAUGCACCUAAAUCGAAGGUUAUCAAGGUUGAAAAUAGUCUAGAGAGGCCACAAAGUACUUCAGUGAAUGACAAGGGAGUGGAAUCAGAACGAGCUGAUGAAGUGAACAGCCAGGUAGAGGAUGAGGUUGAUGAUGCUGGGAAUAAAUCUGAAAAGGAUGGCUCCAGCUCAGAACAUUCUCAGCAAGCACUGUUGGACCCCAUCAUAGAUUCCUCUAUUACAGCAGCCUUCGAAGCAGAAGGCACAGAACACAAAGAAAAUAAUUUAGCCAGCAUAGUAAUAGUUGAUAGCGUUGAUGAGAGCAAUGCAGAUUGUUUGUGCAACCUAUCGCCUGGUACUUCAGCAACUGCUCAUGUCAUCGAACCCUCAGGAACAGAAACGGAAGCUGAACUGGAAGAUAAGGAAGGCAAACUGUGAAGAAAUCUGAAAUAUUAGAAUUACAGCACAUGUUCUUUUAUAAUGUAAGGUGUAAACAAUUCAGGCUGUUAGUUCACUGGCAGAAAUGUGACUUCAGUCCACAGAAUAACUGGUGCACUUUAAUAUGUAUGAAUAACGUUUGAAACUACUUCUAGAUUUUUUUUAUGAUCUAUUUUUACUAGAAUUAUGUAACUUGUUUAGUGGUGAUUUAUCAUACUCCAUAACGUGUGGACACCUUUAACAGAAGUAAAGCCAUAUUGAACUAUGUGAUGUAGAAAAAUGUUAAUCAAAGGCAGUUGAUAUUCUGUCAGUACCAAGUAUUGUGAUCGUGUUUGUUAGUUUUAUACUUCAGAGACACAAUGACCCAAAAAUAAUUAGCAGCCUGAAUACUUGGUACUUGCUAAUUAGCUUUCAUUAUCAUGAGCCAUGUCAGUGACGUGACAACCUAAUGCUGGUGCAUUUUGGUAGUUUCAGUUAAAGAUUAAUAACAUUUUUCACAAAUUAUCACUAAGUUGUUACUUAGCUGUGACCAACAUUGACCGGAAAGGCUGAUUUCGGCCAGCCAAAGUUUGAAAACUAGCUGCAUGUCUAUGGCAUGAUCUUCCAAAUUAUUAAAUGGACUCCUGGGUCAUCUACUUUUGUGGUGGGAUCAUUCUUAUUAACAGUCGCGCGGAUGACUGUUCAUCCAUAAUGCAGCUGAUUGUUGCCUCAUUUGUAUGGCUAACGUCAAGGGAUUUUGCCCUUUUUACCUAGCCAUUGGAGUGUUUUGUACCUAAUGGAAAAAAUUACCUUCUACCAGAGGUCGCAGUAAUGCCUGUACAAGUGUCAUAGACGCCUGUUCAGGCCAUUUUACUCCCUGGAAAAAGUCUAAGGAGAAACAAUACGCUUUAGACUUUUCCCUAUGAUUCAUCAGUGAAGGCCGCGCUAUGAACGGCAUUUCAUGCAUGGGCAGCGCAGCGAUGCUGCCUGUGCCUAAAGUAACCAAUAACAAAGCUCCUUACAGCAAGGAGCUUUGUUAUUGGUUGGUUUGAGCAGGCUGCCAACCAUUCGGCAUGCUGCUCUGAAGCUGCAGCACGCAAUCUAACUAUAUGUCCACACACCAUCUGCACAGGGCAGCUCUCGCAGUGGGUGCUGCCCACACUCUAAAGCACCCGGAGCAGCAUGUGCAGGAACUAGAGCAGGGCUCGCCCUCCGGUCCCAGCUGCUGCUCAGGAUGAGCCCAGUAAGUUAGCUCCUCUUCUACCGUGGUGAGGGACGCUGUUUGUAGGGGGGCACCAGGUAUCAUCUCUGUGGCACACACUGUAAUGCGCCAAAGGAAUGUUCUGAGGUUUACCUGAUGCUUUAAACUUGUAUAGUACCGGACUGUGCCGAGCUGUAUGCAAAGCAUCCCCCAUUGUUAACCCCUUCAGUCAAUCUAAUCCCGUCCUACUGUAAGAUCUUGCAUCCCGUUUCCUUUCCCCUCAUUUAUCAUUACAGAUUGUGUGGGUACAGCUUGGGUAGCUUCAGCUUGUUGAUAUACACACAUGCACUAAGCUCUAUUAACUCUUGCUGUUCCUUCAGAAGAAAGAAGGACCCACACAAAUUAAACUUUGCAUUUCCCCUUUUCAUCCUGCAAAUGGGUGACAAAGGUAUUGCUCGGUCUCAGUCAAAACCUGGGCCCGAUUUCCUGCUCAAGAUGAGCCCAAUAAGUUAGCUCCUCUUCUCCUGUGGGGAGGGGGCACCACGUAUUCUCUCUACAGUGUGUGUAUUCUUCCAUGGUGUAUGGGCACAGAGCUGUGGCACUGCAGCCUCCAGUUUGUGUAUGCUCUGAGAAGAGGAGGAGCAUGCCCCUGGCACUGGUGUUCUGAAGUUGCUCUGUGCAUGUGGAGGGCAGUGGGGUUUGUGAGAGGCAGGCAGUGGCAGAAAGGCCUGUGCACUGCUCUGGCUCUCAUGGCUUUCUGAAGUACUUAAAGGGAACCUGUCACCGGGAUUUUGUGUAUAGAGCUGAGGACAUGUGUUGCUAGAUGGCCACUAGCACAUCUGCAAUACCCAGUCCCCAUAGCUCU